ACUCUAUUUGUCCUCCCUGCUCAAUUCAGAGCUUCAAGAGGGCAGCAGUUGUGUAAGUCUUGCUCCCUGCAUGCGCGAGUGCCUGCCACAGUGUUUGGCACAUAUGUGAGCUUAGUGCGUAUUUGUUGAAAGAAUGAAUGAGAGAGGGAAGAAGGCCCCACUUAGGUGGAGGAAGCAGUCAUUGUCAGGUGCAGUUUCCCUUCUGCAGGAGCAAGUGCCUCGUGUAGCCAGCAAACAUUUGGCACCUAUCCAGUGCCAGGUCCUGGAGGCCAAAGCCGAGGCGCCGUCCCCUCCCCCAGCUCUCCUUCAGAGGGGUGCUUGGGGAGGAGGUGCCAAGGCUUUCGGUCUGCCCUCUCUGGGCCACCCAGGCUGGUUUUUCAGUGGGGGCUAGAGGUGCUGGGAGGUGCCCUCCCCUUCUCCCAGGAAGUUCCUGAGGGACAGGGGUCAUAUGACCCCAAGAGUUUUGGGGGUACUGGCCAAGGCCUGGGGCUCUGAGGUUAAAGGACACAUUCUUCAGAUUCCUGAAGGGGGAUGGAGGCAGCUAAAGGUGCCCCCUCCCUAAGACUGGCUUGGGCUGAGGCCUGGGGCGCUGGUGGGACUGCUGAGGUGGACAGAGGAGUUGCUGUGACGUUUUCAAGCCCCGCCUCCACUUCUCGAAAACAGCCUUUGGUUGCUUGGUGCCCAGGGGUGAGGUGGCCUUUCCUGGAUUCGCACAGUGUGACCUAAGCGUGUAGAUAACUGUGGCCAGUUGAGUGGGGGGUUGUCAGUGCCUGUGUGUGGUGGCAGGAGGGCUGCCUGAUUGUCAGGGCUCAGAUCCCAGAAGAAGCCUGGCUCUCUGAUUCAGGGCCUGUCUGUGGGGUUCCUCGGCGGUGUGGUAUUUCUGUCUGAGCCAGCUCCUGGGAACUGCUUUUCCUUCCUCCAGGACCCUAGGGAGGGGGCUGUGCUCGCCCUGGGAACACUGCCAUGUCUUUUUGUUUCAUCUCCUGCCUCUGCCUCUUAGCCUCUGGAUUCCCAGGUGGAACAGAGGAACACGAGAACCAGGGGCACUUCCCCCGCCUCUCCACAGGAGUAUCAGGGAGGAGAUGGACACCUUCUUGCUGGGUCUGAGCUCACAUGUUGGAGAGGGAGACCAUCUCUUUUGUGUCACUUCUUAUAAAGGGUCAAGAAUGGCUGGGGAAAGAGGGCAGGAGCAGAGGGACAUGGGGUAGCCGCUGUGGGGACAGAGACAUGUUAAGGAUUCAGGGACUUCGUAGGCGGCUGGGAAGAGGGCGAAGGAGUGUUUGGAAAGGACACCUGAGUAGAGGAGACCAAGACAGCAUUCUGGUUGGUUUUUCCUGUUCUCUCUCAUUUCCUGUGAUGGCAGUGGGGGAAGGGUUCCCCAGCACUGGGGCCUCGGCCUCAGCUUCAACUUCCUUUCCCUUUCCCCCUGGUGACCUCCCCGAAGGCCCAGCUGGAGCAACAGACACAAGGCUGGCUGUCUCCAGACCCCAGAGCACCUCCGGCACCACCAUGACUGGGCUGUUGAAGAGGAAAUUUGACCAGCUGGAUGAGGACAACUCCUCGGUCUCCUCCUCCUCCUCUUCCUCUUCCUCUUCCUCUGGGUGCCAAUCUCUCUCCUGCUCCCCAAGCUCUUCUGUCUCCCGUGCCUCGGACUCAGAGGAGGAAGGCCCCUGGGAUCAGAUGCCCCUGCCUGACCGUGACUUCUGUAGCCCCAGAAGUUUCACCCCCCUGUCUAUCCUGAAGCGGGCUCGCCGGGAGCGCCCAGGCCGUGUAGCCUUUGAUGGGAUCACCGUCUUCUACUUCCCCCGCUGCCAGGGCUUCACCAGUGUGCCCAGCCGUGGUGGCUGUACUCUGGGUAUGGCCCCUCGCCACAGUGCCUGUCGUCGCUUCUCUUUGGCUGAGUUUGCACAGGAGCAAGCCCGUGCACGGCACGAGAAGCUCCGCCAGCGCUUGAAAGAGGAGAAGUUGGAGAUGCUGCAGUGGAAGCUUUCGGCAGCUGGGGCACCCAAGGCAGAGGCAGGGCUGCCACCUGCAGUGGAUGCCAUUGAUGACGCCUCUGUGGAGGAGGACUUGGCAGUCGCUGUGGCAGGUGGCCGGUUGGAAGAAGUGAGCUUCCUACAGCCCUACCCAGCCCGGCGACGUCGAGCUCUGCUGAGGGCUUCAGGCGUGCGAAGGAUCGAUCGGGAGGAGAAGCGGGAGCUGCAGGCACUGCGCCAAUCCCGGGAGGAUUGUGGCUGUCACUGCGAUAGGAUCUGUGACCCUGAGACCUGCAGCUGCAGCCUGGCAGGCAUCAAGUGCCAGAUGGACCACACAGCAUUCCCCUGUGGCUGCUGCAGGGAGGGCUGUGAGAACCCCAUGGGCCGUGUGGAAUUUAAUCAGGCAAGAGUUCAGACCCAUUUCAUCCACACACUCACCCGCCUGCAGUUGGAACAGGAGGCUGAGAGCUUUAGGGAGCUGGAGGCGCCUGCCCAGGGCAGCCCACCCAGCCCUGGUGAGGAGGCCCUGGUCCCUACUUUCCCACUGGCCAAGCCCCCCAUGAACAAUGAGCUGGGAGACAACAGCUGCAGCAGCGACAUGACUGAUUCUUCCACAGCAUCUUCAUCAGCAUCAGGCACUAGUGGGGCUCCUGACUGCCCCACCCACCCAGGCCUGCCUGGCCCUGGCUUCCAGCCUGGCGUUGAUGAUGACAGCCUGGCACGGAUCCUGAGUUUCAGUGACUCUGACUUUGGCGGGGAGGAGGAGGAAGAGGAGGAAGGGAGUGUGGGGAACCUGGACAACCUCAGCUGCUUCCAUCCAGCUGACAUCUUUGGUACUAGUGACCCUGGUGGCCUGGCCAGCUGGACCCACAGCUAUUCUGGCUGUAGCUUCACAUCAGGCAUCCUGGAUGAGAAUGCCAACCUGGAUGCCAGCUGCUUCCUAAAUGGUGGCCUUGAAGGGUCAAGGGAAGGCAGUCUUCCUGGCACCUCAGUGCCACCCAGCAUGGACGCUGGCCAGAGUAGCUCAGUGGAUCUCAGCUUGUCUUCUUGUGACUCCUUUGAGUUACUCCAGGCUCUGCCAGAUUAUAGUCUGGGGCCUCACUACACAUCACAGAAGGUGUCUGACAGCCUGGACAACAUCGAGGCACCUCACUUCCCCCUGCCUGGCCUCUCUCCACCUGGGGAUGCCAGCAGUUGCUUCCUGGAGUCCCUCAUGGGCUUCUCCGAGCCAGCCGCCGAAGCCCUAGAUCCCUUUAUUGACAGCCAGUUUGAGGACACUGUCCCAGCAUCUCUAAUGGAGCCUGUGCCGGUGUGAGGACCAGGAUGCCUUUUCCCAGCCCCAAGAGACCUGUUGCUGCUUUCUUGUAAUUGUGGGGCUCCCCAGAGUCUGUGUAACAGUCUCCCACUGGCUGGCUCACCCACAGGUGCCAUGUGCACACUCCUGGUUUUCAAACAAUUCUCUGGAUUUAUUUAUUUGUUUUAACUUUUCUGUGCUGAAGAGAGGACUGGGGGGAGGGGGCUUCCCCUUUCAGCUGCCCGGCCCCCCACACCCACAGCUUGCUCUUCUAUCUCCACAACGUGAGCCUGGAAGAGGAGAAAAUGUGGCUCCUCUGGAGCUUGGCAGACCACUUUUCGGUCUUUGUGUGAUGCUCCUUAGCCCAAAGACGGUGAGACAGGGCUGAAAUCAGAUGGCUUCUGCCACCCUGAGCCCUAGACCCAUGGGUGGCUAAAUCCACUGGACUGUGAAGACUAUAAUUUAUUUCCAUAAUUUAUUUGGAGAUUGAGGAGGCUUUGGUUGCACCUCUUUGGCUGGUGGGUAAUGCCAGGGUUGGGGUGGGCACAGGCCCUCAAGAGCCCCUUUUGCCUUGUAGUCCUACACCUUGCCCUGCCUGGGCUUUGGUGCAGACUAGGUGUGGAUUUGAGCUCUAUGAUCUAUGUCUGCUACCUGGCUCCUAGAUGGCUCUGCGGGCAGGUGCUGGCCAAGGACAUCAUCUAGGCAGGGGGAGAGCCUGGGCUGAACAGCUGUGACCAAAACUCCCUUCUGCCCCACCCUGCCCCCUCUACUUCCUGCCCUCUGUUCCAUCUUCCCCUCCCCAAAGGCCACAGCCUUUAUUCCAGGCCCAGGGAUGUAGGAGGGGGAAGGAGGAAACAGGAAGCCCAGAGAGGGCAAAGGGCCUACCUCGGGGUGCGAACCAUGCCCCAGACAUUAUCUCAGGGCUUUCUGGGCACUGCAUUUCAGCCUGGCCCACCUGCCCAUGCCCUGAGGCCAGUUGGCGAGGGGUGGCUCCUGAGGGUUUUUAUACCUUUUGUUUGCUAAUGUUUAAUUUUGCAUCAUAAUUUCUACAUUGUCCCUGAGUGUCAGAACUAUAAUUUAUUCCAUUUCUCUCUGUGUCUGUGCCAAGAAACGCAGGCUCUGGGCCUGCCCCCUUGCCCAGGAGGCCUUGCCAGCCUGUGUGCUUGUGGGAACACCUUGUACCUGAGCUUACAGGUACCAAUAAAGAGGCUUUAUUUUUAACAA